UCCGGGUUCAGGAAUCCAACCUGCUGCAGUCUAUUCAGAAACUUAUGAUAAAUACUAGAAAUAGUUUGUAAAUAGGUGGUUGAAAUUCUCCUUUAACAUUUUAAUGUAUUUGAUAUUGCUCUUUUUGUUGACCUGGUUAGCAACAUGUCAAUGUUCUAUCGAACAGGACACAAAGGAUUGUGAUCCUCUGAAGCUGUGUCUUGAAUCCACAUCAGUGUCUGUGGAGCUUAGUAAACAAGGUUUCCACAGGGAGGUGAUAACCACUGUUGAGCUCAGCCCUGCUGUGCUCGGUAGUGUCAGAGUUUUGCUGGUUUAUCGAUGGCCUCAAGGUGUCUUCAUCGAUCCCUACCAGCUCGCAUCCCUGAGAGAUCAAAGGGAUUGGCAGAUAUUGAUCGAUUCAGCCAUUGACCUUGAGGUGCCUGCUCAAAAGACUUCAGGAUUUGUCAGCUAUGUGUUUCCCACCCCUGACGAUCCAACUCCCAGGCUGCUAAAAGUAACAAUUCCGAUACAUGGCCGCUAUCACGAGGCCUCUUCUGUUGGGAAAACAUUUACAUCUGUCGACAUCCAACCUCCUGAGCUGCUGCUACGGGAUGACAAAUGUUUGCAGCUGAAAAACUUGGAACCUUGCACUGUUGUGGAUGCCCCCUGCAGUGUAGAUAACUCAAGCACUUGUGCAUGGGUUAAAAUCCAGCAGCAUCAGCAUGGUCCCGUGAGUGUGCAGAUCCCAGUCGGUGACAGGUCUCUGGUGAUGCCUGUGUGUGGUGGAACUCUUCUGGUCACAAUGAUCUGCUGUGUGGUGCUGUCCAAAUACAUGUGGAAUCAUCAAAUAAUUCAGUAAUGGUCAGCAUACCUUAAUAGUUUACAUAAUUGUAUUGUUUUGUCUGAUACCGGGAUGAUUAUGAUAUUGUUAUAUUCAGCAACAUCAAAUGGGCAUUAAAAGAUAACACAGACAUAAAGAGACGGAUAUAAUAGAUCAGAUGUAUAUCAAUAGUUUAAAAUGAGAAGUGAACAUCCCUGGAGAUGACACUAUCUAGAUCAGGUUCCAUAAUUAGAGAAGUUUCAAGUCUUUCUCUGCAAAAUAAUCCAGAUAACCCACCUUUUGAAACAGGCCUGUUACAUGUUUUUUGUGGUUAUAAUCUUGGGUCAGAGAGAGUAGCAUGGCCCAGGGCAUAGUAGAAGAUGGCAAUUGUUUAUUUACUGGGUUUGAAAACACUUGGCCUCACAGGAAUGAGGUGUUGCCACCUAUCAUGUUUAUAGGAAGCUCUAAAUCCAAUUUGCAAACAAUAUUCAAGAUCCAAGUAACCAAAAGUAAAAUCUACUCUCUUAACUUCCACUGCUCUCUAUGCUCUGUGGUGACUUUUGUCUUGUUUAACUUAGGACAAAUUCCUAUCUUAAUACAUGUUAACAGGGAAGUUUCUUUUUAUUCUGUUGUACCUUGGGUUGGGCAAUAAAACAAUAUCAAUAAUUAUCACAAUACAAUUUUUCAUAGCAAUAUAACAAAGGUUCAAUGUAGAUUGAAAUAUUUCUUAUGCAUUGUGUAAGCACUGUGUGGAGGUAUAACACAGGAUUGAUCUACCUCAAAUUCAAUCAAGUGUUUGUCUCUGCUCAUAAAGUAGAGUUUAAAAAUGCAACCAAGUCUUUAAACUAAAUGAAAUAAUAAUGUGACAUUUAUCUUGAAAAUAGUUUAUGUUUGACUUACAGCAUUAUAACUACAACCUUUUUGUAAAGUAUUUUGAGAUUCUGUGUUUAAACCAUAGACUGUAUAUAAAGAGGUUUAAACAGAUGAACAUUACAGACGUACACAAGGCUGCUGUAAAUAAAACAAAUACAUGUACGU